AGUGGGGCUUCACUGGGAACAGCCCCUAACACUGUGCUGAGUGGAGACAGGACUGCGAAAGAACAUCCGAGCCACUGAAAAGGUUGGACAUCUUUCCUUAAAGAAUAUUCUAAAUACUUGGACAUAGCUGACAACACCACAGAGGGGAUUAUUUCGUUUCACCACAGGGCGCUCUCUGCCUUUGUUUCUCUUGCGAUGUCCUGCAAGGUGUUACUGUGAAGAAAGAGGACCACCUUCGCAGAUUCUGCACGGCGCGGCCAGUUGACCACCAUGCCUCAUUUAAGCGUCAGUACUAACCCACAGUCUAAAUACUGCCCUGUCUGGCUCAUCUGUGUCAUCCUAAGCCUUUCAGUUGUGCACACUCAUGCCAGUGAUGUUCUCAGAGUGCCCCAGCAGGUAACCCUGUCAACCAAUUUUAAAGAACAGCAGCUAUCGAUAUCCUGGCUCGGAGGAGCAGCUACAACUUUUGACAUCAUCAUUUUGCGAACUGAGCUCAAUAUUACAGUCUUCUAUGGGACGGUGUCUGUGCCUUUGGACCAGGUGAGUGGUUUGCAGCGGUGGAACUGGACCUCAGCUGAACCUCUGGAGUGUACCUCACUGUCAGUCAAGGUCCGCUCCAGAGACGGACAGGAAACAAGUGAAUGGAGCAACACCCAAAAUCUCCAAGGGUCCGAUCUUCCCAGCAAUGAGCAAUCCCAGAUUUACCCAAUGAACCGUGUUGUGCCUGUGGGGGCCAACACCACCUUCUGUUGCAUUGUAAAAGAGGGGCAAGAAUUUGGUUACAUUAAAUAUGGUAAUGCUGUUGUGAACACAACUCGACUGAGCAGACGGAGCUACGCAACCACAGUGGUCAAUCAGGGACCGUCUCACCAAUCAGGAGCCAAUGUUGUUUGUUUUGACAGCCUGACGACUCUAAUUGUUGGAGCUGUGGUGUUUGUUGGAUAUCCACCACUGCUCAGAGACUUUGUGUGUGAAACUCAUGACUUGACGUCUGCUGUGUGCCGGUGGAACGUGCGAGACCCAAAACUCUACGGCAGGCGGAGAACGAAAUACACACUGAACAUGAGGAAUUGUUUGGAUGAAUAUGAACACGUGCCACAGAAGAAAUGUAUCGUCCAACAGUGGGAGGGAAACUGGACACUGUUAGCUGUGAAUCCUCUUGGCCAGUACCGCCUUACUGACUCUGCAGAACUCAGUCACAGAGUUUAUCCAGUGGCACCAACCAAACUGAGAGUCGACGCUCAUGCCUGGAAUGCCACUGUGCAUUGGCAGUGGAAGUACAGCAGCUAUUUCACCCUGGGUCUUGUCUGCCAGGUUGAACUGACCUGUCAUGGUAUUAUAAAAAAUUUUACUGUCUCUGGAGUGGGCCUGCAGUCCGCACUUUUGUCCAAACUUCAACCUAAUGAGGACUACGGUGUUCGAGUCCGCUGUGGUGCCCAACAGAAUUUCUGGAAGUGGGGAAACUGGAGUCAACCACUUUACUUCAAAACCAAGACUUUUGUUCCAGACCCUCCUGAUUUGUGGAUGUGGAUAAAUGAAGACAACACCGGACAAGUUGUUUGGAAGGUGCCCCUGAAUCGACAGAGCCACGGUCAGAUCAUAGGUUAUGAAGUGACCGUAUGGAGCAGAGAAGAAAAUGUACAGCACACACACACCUUUCCACCAGAUGCAGCUGCUGCAGCAAUUGAUUUCACCCAGAUUGUGACCUCAAGCAAUGACACCAAGGUCACAGCCACAGUGAUCGCCAAGAACAAUGAAGGAUCAUCUCAACCUGCCAGCAUGGUUUUUCGUUUGACAGAGACCCACACUGUUGCUGUGUCCAGAACAGUUUAUGAAAACAGUGGUUUCCGUCUGUCCUGGCAGAGUGAUGCCAACACCACCAGUGAUUAUGUGGUGGAGUGGCAUGAUUCUGCCUGCUCUCGAAACUGCCCUGUGGAGUGGAUUAAAGUGCUCACUGGAAUUACAAAUGUCACAGUUGAUUCACCUAACUUCCAGCCAGGUGUGAGGUACACAUUUUCUCUGUACAGCUUCUCCUCAGAAGGUCGCCAACUGCUUCAGCGAUGGCAAGGAUUUGUGCAGGAGUUAGUUCCCUCCAGUUCUGUGCUCUUGUCAGCCAGUCAACAGGACACAGAUGUUGUUCUCACCUGGAGCAGUAUCCCUCAGGUCAACCACAGAGGUUUUCUCCUGGGCUUCAAUGUUUACAACAGCAGUGGGUCUGAGCUGAAACUCAUCGCGAACCUGACAGACAAAGAAAUCAGGAGUUACACAGUGAAGGGACUUUCUGAAGGCACUCAUAAAUUUACUGUCAAGGCCUACACCUCAGCAGGCGAAGAUUCAGGCGCCACUGCCUCCAUAACGCUGGAACCGUACAUUGAUUGGCUGAUCUUUGAACUGCUGACCUCUCUGGGAGUCACUGCCUUGUUCUUUAUUAUUGUCACAUUUUUUUGCUACAAAAAGAGGAAAUGGGUGAAAAGGGCAUUCUACCCAGACAUUCCUGAGCCAAAGCUUCCUGGAGAUUGGUCCAGAACACAGGGCCCGUUGGAUGUGAAGCCGUCUUCCCACAGCAUCAUUCAGAUUGUAGAAAAGUCAGAUCAGGACUCCAGUAAAGAGAUGCUUGUGGUUAUCCCUGAGGAAGACGAGGACGAAGAAGAGCAUGGUAUGGGAGACGAGCCAGUGGACACAGAUGAGCCGGCAUCUUUACGUUACUACAACCAAGUAAUAGAUGAGAGACCCAUCAGGCCACGUUACCCAGACUCCUCCACGUCCUCGGCGUCAUCUCUGGAUUCAGGACGCACUGAUGUGACAUACACCGGAAUCCAGACCUCAGGUUCUUCUUUGGUCUUCCAGCUGCAUCCAGCAGGAUCUUCUGAGGACCAGCAACCUCCCAUUGAUGUCAUUGACAGCUGCAGUGGAGGAGGGGGAUACCGGCCUCAGUGUAACAACGCUCAUGUGGCUUCACAUGAGCUGUUUAAUGAACCCCAAGCUUACGCUUCUGGGGGCUACAAACCCCAGAGCUCCUGGCAUUUGGACUCUCCCACUGAGGCAGGGGAAGUUGGAGGUCUGGCACCUUCCCUUGGGUCUCCCACUUCUGUUGCAUCCACUCAGUUCCUGCUCCCUGACGGGGAACGACACGAGGAGGAGAAACAGGCAUCGUCGUCUGCGUCAACGUGGUUCACUAAUCUGCUGUCCUCCUCGAAACCAUGAAACCAUUUCUGUGUCACUAGUAGAAGCCUGGCCAGGAGACAAUGACAUGAAACAUUCAGAUUCAUUACUGUCAUCAGUAUCAUGUAUCUAACUAGCUAAGUCCAAAUGGUCAAUGUCAAUCUCCCGUCUGACGAUGUAGCCUUACACAUCUGUUUGCACUUUGAAAUCAGGUCAGUGAUACAAUUUCAGGUGUUUAUUUCCCAAACAUUAACUAUGCCGUUUGAGAUCAAUUUCUUAUCAUAAAAGGAUCUCUACAUUUAUAUACAUAUAAACACUUCUAAAUUGAAAGCAAAUUUCAGUUACAUCACUUCAUCCCCUCCAACAACCUGAGGGCUGUUACAACAACCCCCCUUCAUUGGGCAUUGAGCAUCAGCAAACACACCACUCAAAAAUGUCCACCUUUUCUACAUAUUUAUUUGUGAUGUGACUUCUAGUACACUACCAAUCGGAGUAAAAGAAAAGAAGGAUGAGAAGGAUUAAUUUCUAAUGAAGUCUGAAUAGAAUAGUUGAGUUCAUCUCCAGCCAGUGCCCAUGUCUCUGCUGGUCAACCUUCCAUGGUAAUCCUUCCUUCUUUCUGAGAGAUGACAAGCUACUGAAGGAGAGGAUGGGGUGAAACGUUGAUCCAGUUCUGCACUAACGGAAAUGUGAUUUUAUAGGAAUACAGGACUGGUGCUUUUUGUUGCAGUCUGGAAUUGUGUGGGUUGUGUGCCCAGUGGAUAUACACUGAUAUAAGCUAGAGCAUGAGUAUAAACAUGUAAUUUAAUGAACAUUAUUAUGUUACUUUUAAGUGUUACUGUUGUUUUGUCUUCCUAAAGAGCAGAGUUUUAUUUUCUAAUUUCUAUUUUUUUAAUGUUUUAAACCAUUGAUUACACAGUCUGGGUUUACACAGGCCAGUGUUUUUUUGUGUUGAACCCAUCUUCAUGUUGAUUACUGGUGUUUGGACAAACCAUGUGACCCAAUUUGACGAGUUAAAGUAGUGAUUAAUUCAUCACACUAUAUCAUACUCUUAUGUUAUACAGUAAAAUAAUAAGUCCACAUUGAAACAGUUAAAACAGUUUUAUUCUGGGCAUAUUUUUUGGGCACGGUGUACAAACACUCACACACUUUUUUUUUUUUUAAUUCCCCAAAUAUUUGAUCACAUUAUUCUUACAGUCAUCUCAGCAUUAGUAGAGACGAUGCAAACGUGUUUUUGAAAGAAAGACCAAGAACAGGUGUCAUAAAUGAAAACCAACAAUUAUUGGAUUUGUUGACAAUAUGGACAAAUGACUGGACACAUUAGACACUGAAGCCUGAGUACAGUAGACUUAAAUACUCAUAUGUGUGAUUUAGGCGCAAGGGACACAUUAUUGGCUAGUCAUUACUGGGGCUGUCAAAUCAUUCAAAAGCUUUAAUCUGAUUAAUCAGAGGGUAGUUGCUAGUUGCUUAAGCACAAUUAAUGAUCAACUAAUUGUGAUUAAUUAAUCAUCACAGUCAUGAUUAAUUGUGAUCCUUAAUUCAUCACAAAAAAGUUUUUGUCCUUUUUUUCUGCAUCUGGAACAGAAAGA